UUUUGGCCCGUCUGAUGAUGUAAUUUUUAAAUAUUAGUUGAUUGAUAAUUUGAUCAGUUACUUAGUACUUAAAUAGACUUUUUACCAAAGAUUUUUUUACUCUUGAGUAAUUUCUCGGACGGCUACUAUUUACUUUAUACUUCAGUAAAAAUACGUGGAAGUGGUGCUGCUCUUUCUUGGGUCUAAUUUUUGGUUACUCUUUCCUCCUUUGGUAAAAACCAACAGCUCAGAGUUUUUCCACCAAGGGAAAGCCGUUCUUCCACAUCUUGCGUCCCCGCUGACAUCACGUCAACGUUGAUGUAAGUCCAACCUGAGCUAAAAAUAAACGCCAGAUCCACCGAGCCGAGACGAGCGGCGCUCCCAGAAUCCCUCAGGAAACUCUCAGCGUUCCCACUUGGACGUCAUCAACAUCCCAGUUGCCUAGCAUUUCCAAACAUCACUCACCAAGUUAACACCUUAAAAAAAAACAUUACAUAAUAAUAAUAAAAUAAUAAUAAAACAGAAAUUACCCACAGCUUUCUUUAUCAUUGAAACCUGGGAGAAUCUGAUUUCUAGGAAGAUUUAAUCACUUUUAGCUCAAAGUUUGAGUUUGAGUGGAAAAUUGUGUCUAUUUUCUAAAUUUAACUGAGGGACUGGAAUAGUCGGAACAAUAAUGUGUUUGGGUCGAUCUCUUCUCCAUCCAUUCAUGACAGUCAAUACGUCCCAACUGAACUUCCCUGUGGGCAGGAUGAGGCGGGAUGAGGAGGAGGGCCAGAGAGAGAAACUGGUCCACCAUGACGGAAACAGUUUGAGGGAAGGGAGGAGCAGAACGAGUCUAUGAAAAGAGGAGGAGGGAGGGAAAAACUCAGCUGCAUCCAUCACUGCAUCCCUCCACACAGGCUGGCAUCGUUCCUCUCCUGAACCUGGGAAUACGAUCCAAGGCGGACAUGGACGCGGAUAAAUCUUCCUCUGAGAAGUUGGUGCUCGAGUUUAAGGAAGACACCGAACUGACGGAGAUGAUGCGUCGUCGCGUCUCAUCCCUGCAGAAAACCGGCCAGAAGCGUCAGGACGGCGAGCGGCUGCUGCUCCCCCAUGAGGCCGUGCACCGCCUCGACUUCCCCCUGCAGGAGCUCAGCUUCUCCCGCUGGUACUUCUCCCUCUCGGGCCACGGCAGAGUCACCAUCACCGGCAUCUCCCAACACUGGACCCCGGACCUCACCAACCUGAUGACCCGCCAGCUCCUGGAACCGAUCGGGACGUUCUGGAGAAACGCCGAGGACCCGGAGGAUUCGCCGCUCAAGUGUCUGGAGGCCGACAUGCAGGAGUUCGGGGAAAGGAUCGCGGAGCUGGCGAAAGUGAGGAAGGUCAUGUAUUUCCUGUUCGCGUACAAGGACGGGUCCACAGCAGCAAACCUCGACUGCACCAUCGAGUUCAUACCGGAGAAGUAACGCUGCGGGUUCAGUCUUGGUAGAAAAUGUUUAGAUUUCAGCAUAAAUUUUCCCCCUCAAACCCACUAAGCGUUUUUAAAUCUUUGUCUGCAUGUCUGUAACUCCCACUACCAAUUUAUUGUAAUUAUUUCCACACUUAAAGUAUUUUGAUGUAAAACUUUGCUCAUGACAAACUCUACCUUGCUAAUUGCCGCCAUGUUGUUUUUAUCAUGCUACAUGCUACAUGUAGCUCUUCUGGAUGAUUCCUGUUACGGCAUUAAGUUACGUAGUUUGCUGAGUGUUUAUAUUUUUAAACGGAACCUUUUAAAGUGGAUUUUCCAGCCCACAUCGGAUUCUGUUUGGACCGUUUCUCCUCACCGUUUUGAGAUAUCUCUGCCGCCAUCUUUUAUUCGGUCUCAAGGUCUCCGCUUAAGAAUGACCAGCGGCGCCCUCUGCUGGAUGGCGGUCGAACUACAAUACUAAAAGAAGGCCUACGCGGACGUUUUUAGUUAAAAACAAAAAACAAAGUAAAUUUCGUUUCUAAGCAGCUGGUCCUGUUUCAUGCUUUCACACCUCCUCCACUUACAACUGACAAUAAAAUAAACAAUGAGCUUAAAAAAAACGAUGCCUGAUGAAAUCACUUCAUUUCUGACUUUCAGCCAAUUAUUGUGAUAUAGUCUGAAGUUAGUUUGUUCUUUAUGUUAUUCAGUGAAACAGCAGUGAAUGGAAUCUCAAAUAACCACAGUGCAUGCACACUGACCUGACAGGAAACAGAUCAAUGGAGCAAAAUCAAUUUCUGAAAGCUGUUUGUUUUCACUGGGAGGGAACCGACACAAAUCCUGAUUUAUAAAAACUCGUUUUUUCCUUUAGUCUGCAUUUCUGAUGAAGCUGAACUGCAAACACACAAAAUAUUACCAAGUAUUUAUGUUUAGUUUUUAUUUGAAAUAUCUUAGUCCACUUUAAAUAGGACAAAACUUACAAGUAAUUUUUC